AUGGGUCGUCUCGUGACACUUUCGACCUGCAGCCUGAAUCAAUGGGCCCUGGAUUUCAAUGGCAAUCUUCAGCGCAUCAAGGCAAGCGUCAAGAUCGCAAAAUCUGCUGGAGCAAGGUAUGCGACCACACCAGAGCUUUCAAUCCCAGGAUAUGGCCUGCUGGACCACUUUCUUGAGCAAGACACCAUAAGACAUUGCUGGGAAGUUCUCGCCCAACUCCUAACAGAUAGGGAGCUCGAUGACAUUCUCGUCGAUGUUGGCAUGCCCGUCCGCCAUUCAGGGAAUCUCUAUAAUGCGAGAAUCGUGUUCCUCAAUGGCCAGAUCUUGCUGAUUCGCCCCAAGAUGAGCCUGGCAGGACAGGGAAAUUACAGGGAAGGACGAUACUUUAUACCCUGGAACCGCCCUCAACAGGUGGAGCAAUAUGAGCUUCACGAGCUGCCUGCUGCUGCGCUUGCGUUACAAGAGACAUCUUUUGUUCCGUUCGGAGAUGGCAUAGUAUCUGCUCUCGAUUGUUCUUUCGGGUAUGAGACUUGCGAAGAGCUCUUCACGCCGCAGGCACCGCAUAUCCAAUUGUCUUUAGCCGGCGUGGACAUCAUCAUCAACUCCUCAGGUUCUCAUCAUGAACUGCGAAAACUCGAUACUCGCCUUGACCUGAUUCGGUCAGCCACUGCCAAGUGCGGAGGUGCCUACCUUUACGCUAACCAACAAGGAUGUGAUGGUGAUCGACUAUUCUAUGACGGCAGCGCAAUGGUACUCGUCAACGGUACUGUCCGCGCACAGGGUACCCAGUUCUCGUUACAGGAUGUUGAGGUGAUUACCGCGACAAUCGACCUAGAAGAGAUUUGGUCAUACCGCACAAGUCCCUCACGAGGUUUACAAGCCGUGUCAGGUCCACGAUAUGAGCGCUUCAGGGCAAAUCUACGCAUAUCGUCUUCGGAUGCAGACUUUGACCCAGACAUUCGGCCCACCCCGGCUCAGACACUACGCUAUCACACCCCCGAAGAGGAAAUCGCUUUGGGACCUGCAUGCUGGCUCUGGGACUAUCUUCGUCGAUCCGGUCAAGCUGGCUUCAUGUUGCCCUUAAGCGGAGGCAUCGACAGUUGUGCUACAGGUACCCUUGUAUACUCCAUGUGUCGACUGGUUUACGAGGCUGUGAAAGAUGGUAACGAGCAAGUUCUCGCGGAUGUCCGUCGCAUCGUAGGCCCUUACCACGACAAAGAUAAUUGGAUACCUGAGAGCCCGCAGCAAAUAUGUAACGGCAUCCUCCACACGGUAUACAUGGGAAUGUCGCAGCAGUCAAGCGUGGAAACGAGGAGCCGUGCUAAGAGGUUGGCAGAAGACAUUGGAUGCCACCAUGUUGAAGCGGAUAUCGACGACAUCUACAAUAGCCAGAAGAAUCUUUUGACAAAGGCUACUGGCUUCACACCGCGUUUCAGGGCUCACGGCGGUCAGCCAGCGGAGAAUCUCGCGCUACAGAACAUCCAAGCCAGGACUAGACUUAUAUCUUCUUACUACUUUGCCCAAAUGCUCCCUAUGACUCGGGAGCGCCCAGGCGGAGGCAGUUUACUAGUCCUUGCCUCAGGCAACGUCGACGAGUGUCUACGUGGAUACCUCACCAAGUACGAUUGCAGUAGCGCCGAUCUGAACCCCAUUGGAAGCAUCUCCAAAACCGAUCUAAAGCGCUUCAUAAGCUACGCUCAAAAAGAGUUCUCCUUGCCCAUCCUUGGCGAGUUCAUCGACGCAACACCAACCGCCGAACUCGAACCCCUCACCGAAGGUUACGCCCAAAGCGACGAAGUCGACAUGGGCAUGACAUACGCUGAGCUCGGUGUCUUUGGAAAGUGUCGCAAAGAGUUGAAACUGGGUCCUUAUGGUACUUUUGUCCGCCUUGCGCAUGAAUGGUCGGAUGGCUAUACGCCUCGAGAGGUUGCGGUGAAGGUUAAGCGCUUCUUCCAUUACUAUGCGAUAAACCGGCACAAGAUGACGACUAUGACGCCGAGUUACCAUGCAGAAGCGUACUCACCGGACGACAAUCGGUUCGAUCUCAGGCCUUUUCUUUACCCGCCGUUCUAUCAAAGUUGGAGCUUCAAGCGCAUUGACGAGGAAGUGGAAAGGUUGGAGAAGAGGGCACAAGAGAAGGCUGAUACGAAGAAGUGA